CUGGGGGGAGGAGGGGAUGGACCCAGUCCUGGGUUGUCCGGAUGAGGGUUCGGGAAGGUUUGGCGAGUAAGGUUGCAUUCCUUGGAUCUGCACCAGUUUCCCUACCCCGUCUCCGUCAGCUCCCCGACGUCGGGGAUUGAGACUGAAAGAGCAUCCCGGGACGGGGCCUUCCGGCCUCGAAGCAGCUUAUCCAGAGACCCUCAAAUUCUGAUCUUGAAGUUGGAGGCUCUUGGGGAAGUUCGUUUCUAAACUUUUAGAAGAAUUAGAGGAUUUGCGGCUGCCUGACCCCAGCCUAGUGUGUGUGGUGCGAAGGCUCGGACAGCAUGACGACGGAGACCUUCGUGAAGGAUAUCAAGCCCGGGCUCAAGAAUCUGAACCUCAUCUUCAUUGUGCUGGAGACAGGUCGAGUGACCAAAACAAAGGACGGGCACGAGGUUCGGACCUGCAAAGUGGCAGACAAAACAGGCAGCAUCAAUAUCUCUGUCUGGGACGACGUGGGUAACCUGAUCCAGCCUGGAGACAUAAUUCGGCUCACCAAAGGGUAUGCUUCAGUGUUCAAAGGUUGUCUGACACUAUACACUGGACGUGGGGGUGAUCUUCAGAAGAUUGGAGAAUUCUGUAUGGUAUAUUCUGAGGUUCCUAACUUCAGUGAGCCAAACCCAGAGUACAGCGCCCAGCAGGCACCCAACAAGGCGGUGCAGAACGAUAGCAGCCCUCCGGCCCCCCAGCCUACCACCGGACCCCCUGCCGUUUCUCCAGCCUCCGAGAACCAGAACGGGAAUGGACUGAGUGCCCCACCAGGUCCUGGUGGUGGCCCACACCCCCCUCACACACCCUCGCAUCCCCCCAGCACCCGAAUUACCCGAAGCCAGCCCAACCACACACCUGCCGGCCCUCCUGGCCCCUCCAGCAGCCCUGUCAGUAACGGCAAAGAAACCCGGAGGAGCAGCAAGAGAUAGCAAGACUUUCUUCCUCCCUUCCCACCACCCACCAGAACCCCAGCGUCUUGAGCACCCAGCCUUCUUCUAGGGUGCUGGCUUUGGUGGGGUGGGGUGGGUAGGUAGUAGUAUUUUAGCCACUAACUUUCACUAGAGGGGUGUGAUGAGCAGCGGACUUACCCACCCUAAGCCCAUACUCCCUGCCUUGCCCAGCUUUGGCUCAGGUCAUGAUCUCAAGGUCCUGGGAUCGAGCCUAUCACCUGGGAUUCAAGGCCCCCUGCCCACCCUCCUUCCUCUUAGAAACAAGUCACAGUCUGUUUCUGGUAUGUGUGAUGUGGAAGACAAAUUGAAUCCCUCCUUCCUAAUAAACGUUACCACUCUGUA